CCUGAUGCCACCAUGCCAGUCUCUCCCAGUGUUUGGCGUGCCAGGAUCGGCACGUACAUGCGCCGUAAGCAGAAAGUAUAUGACUACUUCUACUACCUGAGGAGGUAUGUUUAUGGUCUCAAAUUAAUUGAAAAGGCGAAGAAAGCAGCUGAACACUCAAAAGAAAAUGACAAUAGCAAUUGCCACCACUCAUCUUCUAACAGCUCUUCAACUGGUGAAAAUGGUAAAUCUAGAAACUCAUCAUGUCGACAACAUCCGCCUUCUGACAGUGUAAACCUGAAACCAGCCGAAACUGAAUCACCGGGUGACCGUGACGUCAAUAGUAAGGAAGUUGAAGCAAGUUCUCAGACUGGUUACGUCGGGGGCAAUGGUCCUUCUUGUCACACCAAAAGCCCCGAUCACAUCGCUCAGGAUGGGUCUAAGUGUGCUGAUGGUCGUACACUUGCAACACAUCCAACAAGUUCAACCGAGAUGAGAUCCACUCCUGUCCCAAAUCCUUCUGACACCAAACCUACCAAGCCAUGUGACCUAGACGAGUUGGACCUGAGAUACAUAACCAUUCAUCGCGAAUCACAUGCUAACCUCCACAAUUCAACUCAAAUACGUGAACAAGACCAAGGUGGUGGCACAUCGGAGGUAUACUCACAGGUAGCUACACACAUCGCUGGCCAUCAAGAUGGCGACAAACAGGACAAGGAGAUAUCGAACCCUUUAACCUCUGAGAUAGAUAUCCAAUCUUUACCUGUUUCUCAACUGGAUAAAUCUAACAACGCUGAACACACAUUGUGCACGAGGGAGAUCGCAGAGCUUUGUGGAGCACCAAUAUCUUCAGUCAGUAGAUCACGUUCACCUAGCAGUGGAUCAGAUGAAACACAAAUGAAUUCAUUCUCUUCUGGUAUGACCAACGUGCUCCUCCUGAGGUCCGGUGACGUGGAGAAAAAUCCUGGUCCAAAUACCCACCCUGGAAAUCUAACUGAGUUCGAACUCCAUCUCCUUGCUGACGGCAUGGAUCCAUUAGACUUCAGGAAGGUUGGACUAGCUCUAGGAUUCACUGAGGCUCAACUAAGUCGAUUCAAGGAAGACAACAUUGGCAACAUAAUGCAAGCUAUCUAUAAGAUGCUGUGUGAAUGGCUGAAGACAGUCAAACAAGUUGAAGCGAGGGAGAUACUGUCCAACAAGUUAAAAGACAUCAAUAUGGUACAGCUUGCCGACAGUGUACAGAAAGGUAAGGCCGGAGAUCACAUACCAUCAAUGACGGAAGAUGAAUUCCAACGGGUCAUCAUAGAGGUCAAGAAAUAUUCUGCCAUUCACCACUGUCAAAUUCAAGCCGAUCCACUGAACAGCCGACUUAUACUUGAAUUUAAACGGAUUUUCACAAAUCUGACGUUGAUGGAAGAAGAUAAGGGAACUGAGCAUAAGACGCCGCUACUCUACGAGGACCUCCUCAAUACCAAGGUAAACGGAGUCUUUCCUCAACGGUUGCUGGUUGAAGGUGAAGGUGGUGUGGGGAAGACAACUCUCUGUGCAAAGAUCGUUUGGGACUGGAUUCAUGGAGCAGGAUAUCAAGAUUUCAAACUGGUACUUCUCGUCCUCCUUCGUGAAGUAAAGGAUAAGACUAUUGGAGAGAUUAUAAAGUCCUACCUCCCAGACGAUAAUAUGGUUACAGCCAUGCAGCUAAACAAGUAUGUCUUUUCCCAUCAGAAAGACGUCCUUCUCGCUCUGGACGGUUUUGACGAGUUGGCUGGUGAUCUGGAUAGCUGUUAUCAAAUCACCCUAAUCAUCCUGAAUCGGGUGUUCAAGUCAGGAAAAGUACUAAUCACAUCAAGACGAUGGAGAUCAGAUGAGAUACGGAACAUAACUGAGCUUAGAAAGCUGUAUGCAUUCAUUGCCGUGGAAGGUUUCUCUGAUGAAAAUCUCUCUUCCUACGUCACCAAGUUCUUCCAUCCAGACACAACUUCGGCUGAAGAUUUGAAUCGAUUUAUAUCAAAUAAUGAUGUGAUCAGAGAGAACAUGGCUCCUUACCCCAUAUAUACAGCUAUGCUGUGUAUCAUGUGGAAAGAAUUCGAUGGAGAACGUCGCAUAGCAAUGUCGAAGUUACAAACAUUUUCUCAGCUGAUUGAUGAGAUGGUCCAAUUCUUGGUCGAUCAUUAUCUCUCAAAGCUCGGUCUGACGUCAAGAGACGAGGAAUGGCAUGUUCAGCGUGCAGAAAUACUUCUCCAUCUAUCAAAAAUCGGUUGUCUUGCCUUCCAGGGGCUAAUGGAAAGACGAUUGGUGUUCACCGAACAAGAGUUCAAGAGCUGGCCAGGGUGUGUCAACGCAGGUUGUCAAGUUGGAGUACUCACUAAACAAGCACCGAUCAUUCAGAGGAGACAACAAAGGUACCAUGCACAUCCCACAGACUCAUCUUUGCAGUUCCCCCAUAAGCUGUUUCAGGAGUAUCUAUCAGGAAUGUAUCUGGCAUCUCUUCACAACUCAAACAGAAGGGAGUACGACAGGUUGAUGAAGGCUAUUAUGAACAACAUCUGGGAAUUCAAGGAGCUUCUGUACUUCACCUCGGCCCAGCAGAAGGAGGUCGGACUGGAUAUCGUGUCUCAUCCCAAAGCAUCAAGCGAGGGAGACUUCAUUGUUGACGUAGCAUAUGAGAGUCAAGACCAAACAGUGUGCAAAGCUGUAGCAGAUCAUCUAUCAACUUCAUCCAGCAACACAUUUGUGAUCAACGAGUGGAUGAAGGCGCACACGGUAUCAGGGCAUAUCUUCAUCAUGAAUCAUCGUAAAGUGGAAAAACUGGUAAUUAAAAAGCCAUGUGGACGGACUGCUUCAGAGGACCUGGCUGAAUUCAUGUGCUCCUCAAACACCCUGAGAUCUGUGACGAUCCAUAUGCCUAAAAGCAGAGCGGAUGCACACAUGCAUGAUGUGUUCUACUCGGUGCUUGCUCGAAACGCCACUGAUACAAAGAUUGAGCGUCUUGAUAUCAAUUACAUUGAUCUCAGUCAACGUCAGUCUGCAUCACGUGAUCUGGCUCAGUUCAUUUGUAAGAUGCCUCAUCUCAGGGAACUUAUUCUUGGUUCUUAUGAAAACAGUCCGAAAUUUCAUGACGAGUUCUAUUCAACAUUAUCAUCCUUGGCAUCGUCUGCAAAGAUUGAGACUAUUCAUCACCAUGAGAAUCUCAGUGAAAGUCCGUCUGCAUCACGUGAUUUCGCUCAGUUCAUCUGUAAGAUGAAUCAUCUGAAGAACCUCACACUCUACGGUCAGUAUCAUGAUGACUUCUACUCAACAGCAUCGUCGAUGACAUCAACUACAAAGAUUGAGAUUCUUGAUCUCAGAGAGAAUCUCAGUGAACGUCCAUCUGCAUCACGUGAUUUCGCUCAGUUCAUCUGUAAGAUGAAUCAUCUGAAGAACCUCAAACUCUACAGUCAGUAUCAUGAUGACUUCUAUUCAACAGCAUCGUCAAUGGCAUCAACUGCAAAGAUUGAGAUUCUUCAUCACAAUGAUGAUCUCCGUCAACGUCCGUCUGCAUCACGUGAUCUCGCUCAGUUCAUCUGUAAGAUAAAUCAUCUGAAGAACCUCACACUCGACGGUUAUUAUCAUGAUGACUUCUACUCAACAGCAUCGUCGAUGGCAUCAACUACAAAGAUUGAGACUCUUCACCACAAUGAUGAUCUCAGUGAACGUCCGUCUGCAUUACGUGAUCUAGCUCAGUUCAUCUGUAAGAUGAAUCAUCUGAAGAACCUCACACUCGACGGUUAUUAUCAUGAUGACUUCUACUCAACAGCAGCGUCGAUGGCAUCAACUGCGAAGAUUGAGCGUCUUGAUAUCGAACGUGUUGGUCUCAGUCAACGUCAGCCUUCAUCACGUGAUCUGGCUCAGUUCAUUUGUAAGAUGCCUCAUCUCAGGGAACUUCGUCUCGGUGGUGGAUACUACAGUCUCUCAUCUCAUGACGAGUUCUUUUCAACGUUAUCAUCCUUAGCAUCGUCUGCAAAGAUUGAGAUUCUAGAUCUCAGAGAGAAUCUCAGUGAACGUCCAUCUGCAUCACGUGAUUUCGCUCAGUUCAUCUGUAAGAUGAAUCAUAUGAAGAACCUCAAACUCUACAGUCAGUAUCAUGAUGACUUCUACUCAACAGCAUCGUCAAUGGCAUCAACUACAAAGAUUGAGACUCUUCACCACAAUGAUGAUCUCAGUGAACGUCCGUCUGCAUCACAUGAUCUCGCUCAGUUCAUCUGUAAGAUGAAUCAUCUGAAGGACCUCACACUCUACGGUCAGUAUCAUGAUGACUUCUACUCAACAGCAUCGUCGAUGGCAUCAACUACAAAGAUUGAGACUCUUCACCUCGAGGAUUAUCUCAGUCCGUCUGCAUCACGUGAUCUCGCUCAGUUCAUCUGUAAGAUGAAUCAUCUGAAGGACCUCACACUCUACGGUCAGUAUCAUGAUGACUUCUACUCAACAGCAUCGUCGAUGGCAUCAACUACAAAGAUUGAGAUUCUUCAUCACAAUGAUGAUCUCAGUGAACGUCCGUCUGCAUCACGUGAUCUCGCUCAGUUCAUCUGUAAGAUGAAUUAUCUGAAGACCCUUAAACUCGACGGUCUGUAUCAUGAUGACUUCUACUCAACAUCAUCGUCGAUGGCAUCAACUGCGAAGAUUGAGCUGCUUGAUAUCACACGUGUUGGUCUCAGUCAACGUCAGCCUGCAUCACGUGAUCUGGCUCAGUUCUUUUGUAAGAUGCCUCAUCUCAGGGAACUUCGUCUCGGUGAUCUAUACUACAGUUCCUCAUUUCAUGACGAGUUCUAUUCAACGUUAUCAUCCUUAGCAUCGUGUGCAAAGAUUGAGACUCUUCACCACGAGGAUUGUCUCACUCAACGUCCGUCUGCAUCACGUGAUCUCGCUCAGUUCAUCUGUAAGAUGAAUCAUCUGAAGAACCUCACACUCUACAGUCAGUAUCAUGAUGACUUCUACUCAACAUCAUCAUCGAUGGCAUUAAGUACAAAGGAUGAAUGCAACACGAGCUCAAAUGUGACUGAUCUGACCAUCACUAAUAUGACACUAGACGGAUGGCAGGAUUGUGGAUCGAUGUUUGACAAUGUGAAGAGGAUCACCAUACAGGUAUUGGACACGAUCAGAUGUGACGUCAUCCAGAGGAUCCAUCUACCAGCAGUGACAGAGCUCACCGUUCAAACACAUGAGCAUCUCAACAUAGGUAACGACAAGACCGAACGCAUCAUUCAAGCUUUCAGAUCAAUACCCGAUCUCAAACAUCUGAGGAUUCUAAGAUUCAUACGAUGUGGGACCGAUGAGAGAUUAGAUCGUUCUAGUAUUGAUUCCGAUGAUGAACACAAUAUAACGGUGGAGAUGGUACAUGGCAAGCGAGUUGGUAAUCUCUUUUGAAGAUGGAGUUGCGGCAUCAAGGUCAAGAAGAAUCAGAAGAUCAUAACAUUUAAACAUGUUAUGCUAGCCAGCAAGAAGCCAAGAGUUAAUUCAUUUAGAAGUACCAUAAUUGGAACAGUUUUACUGAUAAAAGAAGCUCCCACACCUCAACCAUUUGUUAAUGCGUCGGUUGAAUCAUGGACGUGCAUGUAUUACAGAUGGACAUUCAACGCUCCAUCGAACGAGAUCCACCGCCACAUGAUUUUGUGCAUCUUAAUGAUAAUAUAUAUGUGUUCUGUCAAUAGCUAGUACCAAGGCGUAUCUGAUUAUAUUUACAAAGACACAGCUUUCCUGGUUUUGGUUUUUGAUGCCCUGUGUUAGAGACUGCUUUUUAACAUGCUUUAGAUUUGAAGCAGCAAAAUUAAGCAGACGAUUUUUAUCAAGAAAAUCUUUUAUCCGCACACUUCUGCACGCACACAAUGAUCUCAAUAAAAUUAAUUGAUAAACGCUCUGUACAUGAUAUGAGCCGUGCGUGUCUUGAAUAUUGGUAGGGAAAUUUGAAGAAAAAAAAUGUACAUAUAAGGCAAUCAAUCACAAUAUUGCCCCUAUCUUAAAAUAUGCAUAAUUUUCCAAAAUAAAUCACAUGUAACUGAGAUUUCCAAAGGUAAACCAGAACUGCACAUCGAUUUUCUAGGAUUUAAGUGAUUCAUCAAUUUCUGCACAUGCAGUUUGUGCAGUAUCAAUGUGUUAUCACGAACUGCUUCUUUCACCCCAAAGCCUAAUUGACGGCGGAACACGGUAGGAUGGAAGUAGAAAAAAAAAUAUGAAGAGGAUUAUAUUCAGAGCAGUAUCCAUCUGUAAUAGGUACAUGGUUAAAUGUACCUAUCCGUGAUGUAUUAAAUGUACCUACACUUAUCCGUGACCCUGCAUAAUACUGGGGAUAUUUUAAAUGCACAACGGAUCAAAGAGAGGGCGUUAUAGAAAAAAUAAAAAAUAUUAUGGUCAAUUUAUAUAGCGCAGCUACUAUAAUUGCAUAUGCUCUACCGCGUUUGAUACUUGGUAUCAUAUUAUUACCCCUGCUCUAGCUGAGCCGCCAUAUAGGCACUAAAGCAUUAAAGGAACCUACUAGGUACCCAUUUACCUUAACCGGGUCGAAUGCAGCACAAUAUGGAUAAAUUCAUUGCUUAAGGAAAAGUUUGUGCAGUAUCAAUGUGUUAUCACAAAUUGCUUCUUUCACCCCAUAGCCUAAUUGACGGCGGAACACGGUAGGAUGAAAGUAGAAAAAAAAUAUGAAGAGGAUUAUAUUCAGAGCAGUAUCCAUCUGUAAUAGGUACAUGGUUAAAUGAUCAACUUGUCCGUGACAUGGGCCGCGGAACGAUUUUGAAAGUGGUGGGGAGGGGGCUAUGGCACGCCCAUAGGGAAACAAUUAUAUAUAUAUUUCACUUGAAAAAAAUAUGUUUUUCUUCUACUAAACCAUUUCACUCAAAGAAAUUUAUAUUUCACUUUUCAAAAAAAUAUAUUUCACUUUUAUAAAAAAAAUAUAUUUCACUUUUCAAAAAAAUAUAUUUCACUUUUCAAAAAAAAUAUAUUUCACUUUUCAAAAAAAAUGUAUUUCACUUUUCAAAAAAAUAUAUUUCACUUUUCAAAAAAAUAUAUUUCACUUUUCAAAAAAAUAUAUAUUUCACUUUUCAAAAAAAUAUAUUUCACUUUUCAAAAAAAUAUAUUUCACUGUUCAAAAAAAAAUAUAUUUCACUUUUCAAAAAAAAUAUAUUUCACUUUUCAAAAAAAUAUAUUUCACUUUUCAAAAAAAUAUAUUUCACUGUUAAAAAAAAAUCUAUUUCACUUUUC